AAUGCUGAGAGCAACGCCGAGUACAAAGGUUUGGACGUAGACCACCUUGUCGUCGACCAUAUUGUUGUUCAACGUGCUGCCAAGAUGCGCCGACGAACAUACCGUGCCCACGGACGCAUCAACCGUAAGUAUUCAAUGGGAUUUUUCUCACCUUAA